AUGUUAGAUGUCGUUUUUUAUUUCCUAAUCUGCUACUCCUUCCAGCGAAUUGAGACGAGCCUUACUUGGAGUCGGGAGCGAAAUUUUGAUAAAGAUUGGAUACGAUUGACGGCAGACCAGAUGCUCGCCAGUCUCUCGGAAGUCCGAAUAGCGAAUGAUGUCUUCCAGCAACUUCUUGUCCGCCUGCAUGAAUCCCACGAACUCUUCUCACAAACCUUGAGGAGGCUUGAGGCACGGGCCGAACAAAGGACUACACAAUUCGAGGAAUCUCAAGCCUCGAUACGACGCUACCAUGCACCACGAUUGGCUCGACAGCUGCUAGAAAUUACCUCACUGCAAAAUUUGAUCGUUAUGGGUUAUCCAGCACUCGGACGCGAAAUCGGCCGUGGUCAGUUCGGUGUCGUCUACACAUGUCCCACCUGGGGAUCACUCAAAAAUUUAGCCGUCAAGUCCGUCGUCCCAGCAGACGAAAAACACUGGCGUGAACUGGCUAUGGAAAUAUAUUACAUCGGUGAGAUGACCCCGGUGCGAGCUGAGGGCUUUUUGCAGGAAAUGGAAGAAGAAUGGUUUUCUGAGAACGCAAAAUCAUCCUUUCAAUGGCGACUGGUUGCGGCUUUGCGACUCUACCGUUGUGUCGGAUAUUUACCCCCGCUUUGA